AUGAAGUUUGUGCCUGGUGUUCAGGUAUUUUUGAAAAAGGAGUUCUCCGAGCUGCUGCAGUUUCACUACCGAGCUCUCCUUUCCACCCUUCAACGCUGGAGCCUCUUCCCGUCCAUUGGUUCUUCUUCUCUCGGCGAGUCUGAAGGAGCUCGGGUGCUUCUGCUGCUCCACCACCAGCCGCACCGCGGACCCUCGUGGGAGGACAGGGUCAGCACAGAGGGUUCUCCCAAGUCCUUGGAGCCACUGGCCUCCCUCACCUUCAUGAACACCAGCGUGGACUGCAUGCCCCAGGGGCCGCACCCUGCCAUCCCCGCCCUGGGGACCCUUCUCCUGCUGCUCUGUGCCCUGCUGAAGGGCAUGAGCUUCUGGGUGUUCUGCUUCCGCAUCAAGCAGUGGGACUCGGGCAUGAUCCUGCAGUUCAGCCUGGUCCUGGGAGACGUCCUGAUCAUCCCUACUGUUCCCCUCAGGAUUUCCUACCUCAGCCUCGGCAACCAGUGGCCAUUUGGGGAGUUCCUCUGCCAAUUCGAAGUCUUCCUGUACAGCACACAUGUGUACAGCAGCAUCUAUUUCCUGAUGCUCAUCUGCAUCCACCGGUAUUUUGUCGUCGUACGGUACAAAAGCAAGUCCCUCUGGAAGGAGAAGAGCUUCUUGAGCAAGCUGUCCUUGUUCGUCUGGUUUCUCCUCUUUGUGCAAGGGCUGCCUUUCUUCUUCUUCCUCAAGAUCUCAGUUAUUGAUGGCUCAGCAAAAUGCCUAAAUAUUCACCAGUCAGAGUUGUCCUCUUUUUACUUCUUCUACAACCUGGUUUUGACUGUGCUCUUUUUCCUCCUGCCCUUUGCCAUUUCCUUGACUUGCGGAGCUCUGCUGGGAGCUGCCAUCACUAAGGCAGCAAAGAAAAGCUCCAGAGGCAAGAAGAUGAAGAUCAGGUCUCUGCAGAUGAUAACAGCGUCUCUGGUGAUUUUUGCUGUCUGCUUUGGCCCCCUGCACAUCUGUAGGACCAUUGGCAUCGUUGUGAAGUACUAUGGCAUGUCUUGCAAGCUCUUGCAUGAAGCAGAAGUUGCCUACUACAUCUGCUGGUUGUUCACCAUGGCCAACACCUGCCUGGAUCCCCUGAUUUACGUGUUUGCUAAUGACAAGUUCAAGAAGAGCUUCACUGACUCCUUUCACAAACGCUGGGGCAUCAG